GAAAUGGGAAUCGCAAUUCUGGUGCUCCAGAUAUGCACCAAACAAACGCUUAUACGAACUCAACGUAAGCGUCAUUCCUGUCGUCUUUCACUUCUUCGCUAAACAGGAAUUCAUUUCUAAAUCCAAAGUGAAAAAAGCGUUGCUUUGCGUGCAAUCUAUUCAACAAAAUGUCGGCCGAAGAGCUAUCCAAAGAACAGGUUCAAAUGCUUAGAAAAGCAUUUGAUAUGUUUGAUAGGGAGAAGAAGGGCCACAUCCACACCAAUAUGGUCUCAACAAUAUUGAGAACAUUGGGUCAGAGCUUUGAAGAGGGAGACCUACAGGCGCUCAUCGCUGAAAUCGAUGCCGAUGGAAGCGGUGAACUGGAAUUCGAUGAGUUUCUCGCACUGACGGCUCGAUUCUUAGUAGAAGAGGACGCGGAGGCGAUGCAGGAGGAGUUACGCGAGGCUUUCCGUAUGUACGACAAGGAAGGCAACGGAUUUAUUCCCACCUCAGCCUUAAGAGAGAUCUUACGAGCCCUCGACGACAAACUAACUGAGGAUGAAUUGGACGAAAUGAUUGCUGAGAUCGAUACCGACGGCUCGGGAACUGUUGACUUUGACGAGUUCAUGGAAAUGAUGACCGGAGACUAAAUCCAAUCAAUAACCGAAACACAAUAUUUUACAACAAAUUUUCAAAUAUAUGAAUAUUUUGAAACUAUUUCUGAAACUUCACUAAAACUAUUCAUUGAAUAAUUGUUAUCAAUGUUAUCAGACAAUAACUUACUGACUGUGUAUCUAAAAAAGUGAAAACAGAUAAAUACAGUUAAAUCCUAUUAUAUGUUACA